ACUUCAGAAAUUCCACCAUAACAUAAGCCUAUGUCCAUACCUCAAUCGUUCAUGGAACCCAUCAACGACCCCAUAGCCAUCCGUGGGCCUCAGCGGGUGUUCCAGGCCCAGCUCCUCUUCUGUUCGUCUCUAGGACUCAUUUCGUUCUGUCUCUUUUGUGUGUUGCGCUACCGAUGGCCACAUAUCUAUGCUGUUCGUACAUUAAGAAAGAGCUCGGCCAGUCCGCUUCAGCCGUUGCCACGAAACUACUUCGGCUGGAUCUCUGUGAUAUACAAACUCACUGAUGAAGACAUUCUCAACUUUUCAGGCUUGGAUGCUUAUGUCUACUUGGAGUUCUUCAGAAUGGGCAUUAAGGUGUUCUUCCUUCUCGCCAUCGUCGCCCUUUGUAUCCUAAGUCCUGUUAGGUACUACUUCACAGGUAAUUACGAUAAGGACAACAUCACCUGGGGCAAACCUUCAAACCCAAACCAUCCUCCCGAUAUCAACGACGACUUCCCCAAAUACUUGUGGGUGUACCCCGUGUUCACCUACCUUUUCUCUAUCAUCGUAUACGUCUACUUGUUUGAGUUUACUCAGAAAGUGUUGAAGACAAGACAGAAAUACUUGGCUUCGCAGAACUCUAUUACUGAUAGAACUAUCCGUUUGGACGGGAUACCGAAAAAGAUUCUCAAGAAGAACGACCCUCAGAUUUUGAAGCGCUUCAUAGAGGAUUUAGGCAUCGGAAAAGUCAUCGACGUGAAACUCAUGUAUGACUGGACUCCUAUGGAACACCUCUUCAAACAGAGACGUAAGAUUAUUAACAGGUUGGAAGAUCUCUAUGCUUCCAAAAACGAACUAACUAUCGAUAUAUAUACCCAGGACAGGACGCCUUCAGUGAUGCCGGAUCUCAAUGUCUCCUAUGCACCAAAAAUGGAUGCUGCUACUGGUGCAAAGGUCGACCUGGAAAUCAAUGACUUGUCCAGAUCGUUAAUCAACAUCAACAGUAAGAUUCGGAACAUCCAAGACCGUUUCGAUUCCAACUUCUCUACCAUAAAUACAGACGAAAAUCCCGAGUUCAAACAGUUGCCAAGUGCUUUCAUCACUAUGGAAUCAGUAGCUUCUGCACAAAUGGCAGCACAGACCAUCCUUGAUCCAAGAGUAUAUAAGAUGAUUGUCAACUUGGCUCCAGCUCCCAAGGACAUAAGAUGGGAGAACUUGAAAAUGUCAUAUACAAAGAGGAUGAUAAAAUCAUAUCUUAUUACCACUAUUAUAAUCCUAAGCUAUGCGGUUAUCAUUUUCUUGGUUGCGCUCUUGACAUCUUUGUUAGAUUUGAAAUCCAUAAUCAAGUUUUGGCCAUCGUUAGGCAAAUUCAUUGGCAAGUCGAAGUUUUUGACAACGUUCGUCACCGGUAUCUUGCCGCCAUUGUUGUUCUCUGCUUUGUCGGUACUGGUACCUUAUUUUUACAAAUUCUUAUGCAUGCAUCAAGGAUACUCCUCGAAUAGUGAAAUUGAAUUGUCCACAUUGCUGAAGAAUUUCUUCUUCAACUUCUUCAUCUUGUUUUUGGCAUUCAUGACCACAGGUACUAUUUGGGAUUACCUUUCCUAUAUCAGCGAUACGACGAAGAUUGCAAAAACGCUUGCUUCUGCUCUUAGAAAGUACUCAUUGUUUUAUGUGGACUUGAUCCUUUUGCAGGGUCUCGCAAUGUUCCCUGUGAAAUUACUUCAGAUCAGUGACUUUUUGAUCUUGAAUAUUCUUGCAAAGUUAUUCCUACUUCGGAACAUGUUCUUGAAGACACCAAGAGACUAUAGAAGCUACUACUACACACCUCAAGUCUUUGAUUUUGGCAUCCAUUUACCACAGCACAUAUUCAUUUUCAUGAUCAUUUUAAUCUAUUCGGUAGUGUCUACAAAGAUUGUCACAAGUGGUCUCGUAUAUUUCGUUCUUGGAUGGUUCGUCUAUAGGUAUCAAUUGGUGUACAAUUUUGUGCACCCUCCUCAUUCUACAGGUAAAGUUUGGCCAAUGAUAUUUAGAAGAGUUAUGUUGGGAUUGAUUAUCUUUCAAUUGUUCAUGUGUGGUACCUUGGUUUUGGAAAAGGCUAUCUUGUUAUCAUUAUUGUGUUCGCCUUUGCCUGUGGUAACUGUUGUAAUCUUUUGGAACUUUGAAAAGUAUUACGUCCCAUUGAACACAUUCAUUGCAUUGAGAGCCAUACAGAACCCAUAUUCAUUUGAUAAAGAAUUUGAUGAUGACAGACUGCUGUUAUCAAACGAAAUAGAAGCUGAAACUAUCCAAUCAGAAAUUGACGACGACCUGAUUAUGGAUGAGUCAUCAUUUUUGAUUACUGGGGCUCUGACAGCCCGCACAUAUGAAGGUGCACUUUCGCGAAGAAGGUCCACUAUAGAUGAAGAAAGAGAGCAAUACACCGACUAUACAUAUCCUUAUCUUGUCGAUCCAUUACAUGGACCCUGGAUUGGUUUCGAAGGUAAUAUCAUAUCUAUGGUGCAGUACAAUCAAGGUGUCCUUCCUGCUGAUCUUGAAGAUGGAGAUUCAAGCAUAGUCUCUACUAAUGAUCGCGAGACCAUUAUCCGCAAGAAGAUAACUGUCAGUGAGUGGGAAUAG